AGUCCACUCUUUAACAGUAAUUACUUUUAUCAUAAUAUAUAUAUAAAUCCAAUUAAUUAAAUAGUAAAAAUAAUAACAGAUGUCUCUCCCACCCGCAAAACUCUCCAGUGGCCGCAGCUUCUUCGAAGGAUGUGCUUGGUUCCAAGGAAAGGGGUGGAGGAGGCAAAGAAGGGAAAAAGCAGCAGCAGCAAUGGCGUCACGUCCGGUGAGGUUUCCAGAAAUCGACGAUGAAUUGAGAAAGAUCAUCGAUGCUAACAUGGAUGAAGUGCCUGCAAGAAAACGUGCUCGAGAAGCCUUUAAAGAUAUCCAGCUUGGAAUUGACCAUAUCUUGUUCAAGACGCCAUGUGAUGGGUUGAAAAUGGAGGAGUCGUAUGAGGUGAAUUCUAGAGGACUGGAAAUUUUCACAAAGAGUUGGCUUCCUAAGUCUUCCUCCCCGAAAGCAGUGGUGUGUUUCUGUCAUGGUUAUGGAGACACAUGCACAUUUCUUGUUGAAGGAAUUGCAAGAAAGUUGGCAUCAUCUGGAUAUGGUUUUUUUGCUAUGGAUUAUCCAGGAUAUGGUCUUUCUGAAGGUCUCCAUGGCUAUAUCCCCAGCUUUGACAGGCUAGUUGACGAUGUUAUAGAACAUUACUCCAAGGUCAAAGAGAAGCCAGAGUUUCGUACUCUACCUAGCUUCCUAUUUGGAGAGUCGUUGGGUGGGGCUGUUGCUCUGAAGGUGCAUUUAAAGCAACCCAAUGCAUGGAAUGGUGCCAUUCUUGUAGCUCCUAUGUGCAAAAUUGCAGAUGACAUGACUCCACCAUGGUUAGUGACACAAAUGUUGAUCGGUGUGGCCAAUUUACUUCCAAAGCACAAGUUAGUUCCACAAAAGGAUUUGGCUGAGGCUGCUUUUAGGGAUCCAAAGAACAGAAAACUGGCAGCCUAUAAUGUCAUUGCAUACAAGGACAAGCCCCGCUUGAAGACUGCACUAGAGAUGCUCAGAACCACUCAAGAAAUAGAACGUCGACUAGAAGAAGUCUCUCUACCACUAUUAAUUCUUCAUGGAGAGGCUGAUAUCGUAACCGAUCCAUCCGUGAGCAAGACUUUGCAUGAGAAAGCAUGCUGCUCGGACAAGAAACUAAAGUUAUACAAGGAUGCUUAUCAUGCUCUCCUGGAAGGCGAGCCAGAUGAAAUGAUAAUUCAAGUUUUCAAUGAUAUCAUUUCUUGGCUUGAUGAACGUAGCAGAGAAACUAAUUCUUGCUGAGGGUAUUGUCUUGGCCCUCUCGUUUGUACACAAAUAAGAGAAAAGGGAGGGAGGGUAUUUUGAUUGUUUUAAGUGAGAAUAAAUAAAUAAAUAACAAAGGGCUGCCAUUAUAUUUGAGCAAAAUCUCCAUUGUAUUAAUUCAUUAAUUUCACUUAAUUAUUACACAAUUUUUUUUAUA